AUGCAGCCCCUCCCGCCUGGCAUCCUGAGGAAGGGGUCUCGCAGUUCCUCCCCAGUGGUGUGCGGCGGGAACGGCAAGGGCGACAAAGGCGGCGGCGACCAACGGGCGAGCAAACUCUUCCUCCAGGCAGGCGAAAAGGCCUUUGACCCAGAGCUCAAGAAGGCAUUCAUCAGCGCGGCAGACACGAUGGUGCAGAAGGCCCACGCUGCGGUGUCGGUUGAAUCACAAGUCGAACCCUUCACGAGGGCAGAUUGUGCGGUCAAAAACACGGAGCACCUUCACGACCAGCACUUCGUGGAUGUAGGCGAGACCUUUGGGCACGAUGGUCAGAUCAAGAAUUUUCUCAGGCAGGCCGAUGACUACCAGAAGGCCAUCCUGGACAGGAUGGCCAAGAAUCGCAGGGCGAACGACUCCACAGCGGUCAACCUCUCCGAGUCGAAGUCCAAGGCGCAGCGCGAGGCCGCCAAGUCGCGGGGCAAGGCUUCGGCGGCGAGCGGAGCUGCGGCUGCGCGGCGACGCCAGGGGGCCCUUCGGACCUAUGCCGAGGAGGCGUUAGAGGGCGUUGAUGAGUGCGCAAGUCGCUUGUGCUCCAACAUCACUUGUCUGACGGACAACGCGCGGCAGUUCAUGGCCGCCAGCCCACUCGCCGGGGGCGACGACGCGGCGCGUUUCUUGAAGGAGGUCGGCGCGGCCAUCAGGCCCCCCGCCAACGCCGAGGGCAUUUGCUCGCAAACAAGGGCAUGUUACGCAAUGUUUGCUUAUAUUGCGAUGAGUCCCCUGGCCGCGUCGCUCGCGAGAGCUGCGGGCGCCGUUGGGGGCGUCGCCUGGAAGCCUCGCGCAGGACUUGUCAUGAAGCUGUGGUUCGCCGCGGCGCCUGGGCCGCGAAAGCCCGGGCGGGCCUCUGGGUGGAUGUCCUCGCGCCCGUGGGCGACCAGAGUCCCCGCGUUGAGCCGCUGGGAGUUCACCCCGCUCCGCGGCAAAAUCGAGCCGGCGUUGGCCCGGCCGCUGCAGACGCCACUCGUGGCCAGGCAUCGGGCGCGCAAGAAUUCGAUGGGGGGGCAGGGCUAUGGGCGCGACAUCUACGCGGGGGAGGCAUGCCGCCGCGUCGUCGACGAGGAUGCGGCGCGCGCGCUGCGCGUGGAGUUCGGGCACGGCUUGCUGGACAUCCUGGAGCUCUACGGCGCCGCUCCCUGGCUGCAGUUGGCCAGGGCGGCCGUGCGGUCCAGCCUCGUUCGGGGAGUUCUGAAGGUGGAGGGGGAGCUUUCUAAGUUGGGCUUUGAGCUGGCCGGGGAAUCUGCCAUCGUGCUCUCGAGCCCAAACGGCGCGCGUGCACUUGCGAAGGAGGUCAAGCCCAACGCAUUGCCAGUCAAGGUCGCCAUGCAGGUGGCGCACAUCGGAGCCGGUCUCGGUUGCGGCGGGCAGAGCGGAGUUGUUGGUGCGGACAAGCUGCUCAACGUUAGAGUGGGGGCGGAGCUGGAUAUGGUGUUCAUGUACUACUGGGACGAGCGGGACGGCCCCGAGUUCAGCGGCUGGUGGUUCGGGGACGCCCUCGGCGGCUCCCAGGUGUGGGCCCGCGCGCCCAGCACGGGCCAGACGCCGCCGCGCACGGGCUGGAAGAUCCCCUGGGACGCGCCGCGGGCGGAGCCAGGCCUGCUCUUCGUGACCGCCUUCGAGGCCGCCUCCAGCAGCGCACGGCGGGACUCCCACAGCUCUGGCCGCUCCCCCGGCGCCCCGGCGCCGUCGUUGACGCCGGGCGCCGCCCCGGGCGCGAGGGAGCUGCAGCAGAAGAGCGCGGAGGCCACCGCCCGGGUGGAGGAGGCCGAGCAGGCCGCCCAGGAGGCGCUCCGGGCGGCGAAGGCGCUGAAGGGCGACGAGGUGCCCGCCGAGACGCUGAGGGAGGUGAAGACGACCCUCGAGGAGCGGAUGGCCGGCAUCCAGGAGGCACAGAGGUUCCUCACCGCGCGGAUCGGGGAGGUGCGGCAGGGCGGCCUGGCCGCAACGCCGGUGACGACGGAGAUGUCGAAGCUGUCGCCGAGGCUCAUGAAGCUCCGGCCGGUCUUCACGAUGGAGCUUGCCAGGAUAAAGAAGCUCCUGGAGACCGCCUCGAGCACGGCAGCCCAUGAGGCCGCCACUGCGAAGCAGAAGGCUCUAGAAGAGCGCGAUUCCAAGGACCUGCAGGACGCGCUCCCCGCCUGCAACGACCUGGUCAACGCUGCCGAGGACACGACGGAGUCCUUGGGCAUCUUGGCAAAGCCGCUGAUGGACGACCUUCCGGACGACGAGGGUGAGCUCUUGAACGACUCGAUCGUCGAAAUCGAGACGGCGGCCGCGGAGGCAUCAAGCAAGAUCAGCGAGGCCCGGAAGUACAUCAACCAGAAGCUGCAGGAUGCCAGGAGAUUCGCCCCCGAGACCCGCAAGCUCGCCCUCGCGGAGUUCGCGGCGCUGCAGCAGAAGAUCACGGACGCGAAGACGAAGCUCGAGCCGUACAAGAGUUUCCGGAGGGAGCUGGAGGAGCGCGUCGCAGCGAAGAAGGCUCUGAGGGAGAUCACGGACAAGCUGGCCGUGGUAGAGCUGGAGGCGGAGAAGUCCGUCGGCAUGGUCAGCGCCGCGUCCCAGGGGCAGAUGUCCGAGGACGAGGUGAGCUCCGCCGAGAAGGUCGCGACGCCGGCCGGGAAGGGAGUGUCCGAGAUUUCCAGGAUGGUCGAGGCCAAGCUGAAGGGCUUGGCUGAGGGCCCGAUGAAGGAGGAGCUCUCCGCCAUCCGGGGGAAGAUCGGUGGGAUCCGCAAGCAGCUGGACGAGGUCUCGGCGGUGCUGAAGCGGCAGCACGAGGGCCUCGAGGCGCAGAAGGUGGUGUCGCUCGCGCGUGAGAAGGUCGAGCGCGCGGAGGAGACGCUGCAGCUGAUGGCGGACGCGGAGGUGCCUUUUCUGAAGGGCAUCGAGGUAUUGCCCCCGCAGGAGUCGAAGAAGGCUCUCGGAGAAUGCGAGACCGCGGCCGCGAAGGCCGAGUCCUCAACGCACUCGGCGCUGUCCUUCCUGAAGCAGAAGGCGGAUUCCAAGAGGUACAGCAAGGACGUGCAGAAGACGUUCGCCACGGACCUCGCUGCGCUCCAGAAGCGCGCGGACGAGGCGAAGAGGAAGGUGGACACGUUCAAGAAGGAGACGUCUCAGCGGAGGACGGCGUCCAUCAUGUCCGAGGUGACCGACAAGGUCACCGCCGCCGAGGAGGCCGUCAAGGCGCUGUGCGUGGCCGGGGAGAUCUUCUCGAAGGACGACCUGUCGGAGGUCUCCGUGGAGGCGCUGCGGGAGGCCUCGGAGGCGUGCGCGGAGAAGGAGAAGGAGGCGUCGAGCGCGUGCGUCGAGGCCCGGAAGAUCAUCUCCGUCAAGCAGAGGGAGGCGAAGUCCGGCUCGGACGCGGCAGCGAUGGUCAGCAAGCUGCAGGGCCGCCUGAACGCGGCGCAGCAGGAUCUGGCGAAGACCAGGCGGGCUGCCAGCUCGGGCGAGAAGCUGGCCAAGGGCAAGGAAAUCCUGGGGCAGGAGGAGUACAGGCCAAGCGUCUACGGGCAGAAGUCGCCAGGCAACGAGGGCGCCAUGGCAGUCGACGAGGGGCAGCAGCGACCCGAUUCGCACGCCGACGCCAGGAAGCAGCUGGGCGUCAACACCGAGCAGCUCCUGGAGGUUGACAACCUUGGCGGCGAGGAGUUCGAGGAGCUCCGGGAGAAGCUGCGCGGCAAGCAAGCGAGCCUUUGCAUGCAGAUCGCGAAGGGCAAGUCUCUCGACACACGCCUCCGCGAGAUGUCGCUCCAGCGCUCCAAGUUGCUGCGCAAGCGGGAGCGUUUGACGGAGGUGGUUGAGGAGUCCCGAGCAGCUGUGGUCGAGGCGCAGAAGGCAGUCGACGAUGCCGUCAGGGCGCUGGAGACCACUGCCAAUGAUAUCGUGGACCUGGAAACCGAGCGGUGCCAGCUGGUGGCAGGUGCUCCGCACGCGCCGCAGCCACCAGGCGGGCCCCACGGCGGCGCCAACGGCACGAGCUUGCAGCAGGCCGUGCUUGAAGGAUUUGGAGGCAGCGCCGACUUCGCACGCAGGCUGCACGAGUGCCUCCACGAGGCCAAGGCAGCCGAGGAGGCGCAAAGCGCCGAGCGCAGACGAUUGGCCGCCGAGAAAGCAAGCCAGCAGCAUCAUGCUUCGCAGCAGGAAGCUGAGCGCACUGCCAGAGAGACCGCGGAGGCGCAAGCCAAGUCCGACGAAGACCAGCAGUGGCAGCAACGGGAGCGGGUUUUCCAAGUGGCAGCCACAGAUCAUCCAGACCUUCUGCGCGACUUUCUGCGAUCGGCAAACGCAUACAACCAGUUGGCCGAGAUGCUUGAGACUCAACAAGGCACCAGCACCGACUGCUUCGUCAUGUCUGAGGGGGUUGCGAUCAGAGCAGGGAAGAUGGACCCCCGUUCGGUGCCGGCGCUGGCGCCAGUGGCUUGCGCUAGAUUCCCAGGGUCGCGGACCUCGUUCCAUCGGCAGCAGGGCUCGGCCACGACUCAGAUGCAGCUGCCGCGCUGCUGGGGCGUGGUCAUCGAGGGGAUCGAGAUUGAGUUGCUGGACAGGCGCGACAGAGCUGGCCCCCGCAGGGCAGCCCGCUCAGGACGGGCUGAAGAGCGCCAAGUUCGGCGGCAGAAACUGAUGUCGGCGCCCAGACAGCGCCAGCCUCGGCCACCACGUGAACUUGCAGCGCGGGGUUGCAGCGGCCAGUCAAAACACGUCCCGAACUUGCCGGCGGACGUUGACGAGCAGCCGAGGAGGCCGCGGCUCGUGGCGAAGGCGCUGCUUGACACGGAGGCCUUCCUCGUCAUGAUGCGACGGCUAGACUGGGCCGGCGUGCAUUUCGAUAGCCUGCUUAGAUGGGUGCGGAUACUAUGA